UAAAUUAAAUAUUUUAAUAAUCUGAGAAAAAACAGUUCAUACCUAAACUUUAAACCAUUAACAUCAAGAUGAAGUCUGUUCUGAGUUUUGUACUUCUUUUAGCCGUUUUUGUAACUUUAUCAUCUGCUGCUAUUUCAAGGGGUCAAUUUAAGGAUCCAAAACAUCCAGGUAAAUGCGCAAUCAAAAGCAACUUAAUUCUUUCACCUGGUGAAAAAAUCAAGAAUCCAGAUAUUGCUUGCGGACGAAUUAUUUGCGGCCAGGAUAGCAAUGCAGAAUUUCAAACAUGUGGAGCUGUCAGCUAUCCAGGAUGCAUCGUAGGAGAUUAUAUCAAUAAAAGUCUGCCAUACCCGGAUUGUUGUAAACGAGAAAGGAUUUGCCAAUAAAAUACCAUAUAAAAUGUUUUAUUUUUUAAAUAGAUUAAAAUUAUGUUUUUAAUAAAUGACUAUCUGUGCUAUAAACAAUAAA